AUGGCAUGCACUGUCCUGUUGGCUCUGAACAGUGGUCUAUCAACUUUUACAGAGUCCUACGACUUUGCCGAGCUGUUCUGUGGACAGGCAUGGGUAAGUCGGUGCAUGAGGACAGCUGGGCAUCGCACUGCUAUGUUGGACAUUUCCCUUGGGCGACCCAAUGAUGACCUCAAAAAGCAGGAUGCGAUGGACCUCCUAUCUGACUCCGGCUUUGCGUUGGCGUUGCUAACUGUGCUCAACUGUCGAAUGGAUUCCUUUUUGGUGGUGAUUGGCUUAAUAUGCAGCUCUUUUGUGACAAUAAGUCAGGGCACACAUUGUCGAGCACCAUUUUUUCCCCUUGGCCGAGAAGGUGUCAAAAUGGUAUUUGAAGGAAACCAGUUGGCAUCAAGGACAGCAUUGCUGAUCUGGGCCAUAGUCGCUAUGGGGGGUUGUUUUGUGCUAGAGCAACCACGCAGCUCUCAACUGGGUUGGCAUCCCAGAAUCGUUGAGCUGUUCAGGGCUCUACCAAAGGUCUUCCAAGCGGCAUGGUGGAUGGGAUUGUACAAACAUGUGUCGCCCAAACGGCAUGUAGCAUGGAGCAAUGCCCCUACAGUACAAUGCCUAGACCUCGGACACAUGACUCGGGCAAUGCAAAAAAAGGCUACUUCACAGCCAACCGCCCGUUCCUAUCGCAAUAAGCGGGGUGAAAAGAAAUUUCAUGGCACUCGCUUUUUGAAAGGAACACAGACUUACCCACCACGCUUUGGACAACGCAUUGCCCGGCUCUACAAGCGCUUUUGCACUAAGCGGGUGGCCCUCCCUGAGCCUGCUGGCCCUGUCGAUGGUUACCAGAUUUUUGAAAACUGCCAGUGGAAUGACUGGUGGGAUGAUGCAUGUAUGAAAAGUGUUAUCUAUUAUCUCCGAGCUUCUAAAGAUUUGGAAGCUUCCAUUGCUGACCAGGAUACGCAACCGGUCUCUUGGCACAUAGUCACUGGAUGUUUCAGGUGGGAACACACAUGUUAUCAUCCUAAAUUACUCAGUCAAACCUGUUCAUCAAUACCUAAGGCAACUCCAGAAGAGUUGAAACAGGCCCGUUCAAAAGCGAAAGCAAAACCGAAGCCAGCUGCUGCAAAGAGCAAGCCCAGAGCGCCCCCAUCACCACAGCCAUCGCCCCCAGCAAAGGGGACUCCAAACCCAGCACCCACCAAGCGUGUGAGGGGCAAGCAGCAUGAGCCAGAUGAUCAUGACACAGCAUCAUCAGGGUCCGGACAACGUGACCAAGCACAAAUGAUUCAAGACUUGAUGGAGAGUGCUAGUGCUUUUCAGACACCACCCCCAACUGUGAAUGGGCCAACUCCCAAGAGCAAGUCGAAGGAGACAGAGGUUCCAAAAGGGGCUAGUGGUGUCAAGGUUGACCUGAAGAAAAGACUUGACCCCAACGAAGUUGCACGCACCCAGGGCAAAGAUCCACCCGCUACUGAAGCAGCCAAACUGGCAAGGCUUCGACGUUUGUGCGAAAAGAAACCUUCGGGGAAAUGCCAUGUCCCGGAAGAGUUACACAAGCGGUGGUUGCAUGGCUCUUUGCAAGACAGGGAGGCUCUAGUUGAAGAACUGGAGGCAGCACACUGGUCGAAGGACUUGUUCGUCUCCCGGGUUACGAAGACCAUCACCAAGACCAACAAGUUGACUCGCAAGAAGAAGAGGGGUUGGUUCACAAAAGAGACCAUGAAUACCGUACUCAAGUGGAGCUCGACGUACAUCAAGAGUGUGGUGGCGUACUGCGAGAAACCUGGCAACGAGCGCUUGGUGAAGAAGGACCGCUACAACAAAAAGAUCCACAAAUACUAUGUGGUCUAUGGAGAGGAAGAUGAUGAGCUGAGUGAGGAUGAGGAGAAGAAUGAAACGUGUGACCAUGAGGUGGGCGAAGAUGUGACCUUCAAAAGGUUGGGUGCAGUGACGGAGGGUUCAGAGUCUGAGGAAGACCUGGAUGAGGAUGAAAAGAAAGCUGAACAAAUCAACACGGCCAAGAAGGAGUAUCUGAAGUUCUGCACCUUCACAGCAAGCUUGCUUAAGAGAGGUGAGAAACUUGCUGACUUGAUCGGGAUGUUGGAGGCUGCAGUGGGGGACAAGGAACCCGAAAAAGCUCGUGUAGCGAAGCCCCUCAGUGGCAGAGCCCUGCCCCAUCAAUCCAAUAUAUAG